GACCAAGCUCGCCAACUACGCCUAUCAACAUUCAGUACCUUUCGGCUUCAGCCUCAGUCACUGCCUCAAUCGCAAGAAAGUAUCAACCCACAACAGAGCAGGGAUAAUGGCGCAGCCCGUAGAACAAUGGAUCUACGACAUCCCGCCCGUCACUCGUCUUUGGGUAGGCGCUUCUCUAGCAACCAGUCUCCUAGUGGUAUGUGUCUGGUGAAUGUGACGGAUGGAGUGUGCGGUGAUUGGGGCGCGAGACUGAUCAUCUCGCAGGAGUGCCAGGCCGUUGCCCCGUUGCAGCUGUAUUUUUCUUGGAGGGGCGCCGUUGUGAAUAUGCAGCUAUGGAGGUUCAUCACAACUUUCCUCUACUUUGGACCUAUUUCGCUUGAUCUGCUGUUUCAUGUGUUCUUCAUAAUGCGUUAUUCGAGACUGUUGGAGGAGAAUUCUUUUGCAAACCGGAGACCAGACUACGCAUGGUUGCUGUUCCUCUGUGCGAGCUUCCUCCUGGUAGUCUCAUCAGUCACCACCCUACCCUUCCUCUCAUCCUCCCUCGCCUUCGCACUAGUUUACAUCUGGUCAAGACGCAAUCCUGCAGUCAAGAUGUCGCUUUUCGGUGUCGUCACAAUAACUGCUCCGUAUCUUCCGAUAUCACUGAUCAUAUUCACGUGGAUGUUUCAAGGCGGAUACAGAGCUGCUAUCCCGGACAUAGUGGGCAUGCUGGCAGGGCACACCUAUGUCUUUCUGCAAGACUACUGGCCACGAGAGAUGUGGAGCAUCAGUGGCAAUCCAGAAGUCCAGACCCCAGCUUUUGUUCGUCGGUUAUUCGGGCAAGAAGGUCAAUGAGGUGUCCUACUUCGUUACCAUCAGCCAUCAAAUGAUCUGGUUCUUGUUCUCAUGUAUAAUCUAGCAUACGUCGUGAUCGCAUUGGAGAUCCCCGGGCAGGUUUGCUCAAGGGUGAGGAGAGAACACAGAGAAGUAUGAGAGUGAGAGACGGGGAGAUAUCUGCCACGUACACGGACGACCCCCGUCAAUCAAGGAAAGAAUAACGUGGCUGAACAGGCGAGCAGGUGUUGUAUGAUCUUCUCAGUCCAGUUGAUAGAGCACACAGUACCACCCCUGCCAUCAUCAUGCGCCUCCGAGGAUCUGUUGCCUAAUGAGAGUUAAUGCGAUUCAGCACCCUUAUGUGAGGCUAAGAGGGGACAUUCGCACACAUACAAAUGAAAAUCAUGCACCGAGGGGAGAGAUUCGCACCAGAGAGCAUGAAUUCCCUCCCAUAUGGUGUGCUUCGGAGGCAGCCGACGGAUUCUCCGUGUCCACGCGGGUAGCCGA